AUGACUGUUCAGGAUUCUUUCUCUUGCCUUGCAGCUGGGCCUGGGGACAAGGACAACCCCAGCCUCUGCUCAGAGCUCCUAGACGAGAGCCAGAGUGACCUAGUCAUCCUCCACUUCAGCGACGUGUAUGAGGUGGAGUCCAGGCAUGAAGAGCUGGUAGGAGGCGCUGCCAGAUUUACUGCAGCUAUAAAAAUAUUCAGUUCCCUGAAUCCACUUAUAAUAUUUAGUGGAGACUGCUUAAAUCCAUCAGCCUUAAGUUCAAUAACAAAAGGAAAACAUAUGAUUCCUAUAUUAAAUGCAGUGGGAGUACACUUCACUGUCUUUGGAAACCAUGAAUUUGAUUUUGGUGUUGAUGUUCUGGAAGAUUAUAUACAACAAAUCAGAUUUCCAUGGUUCCUCAGCAAUGUAUAUGACAGAUUUACCUCUAAACCACUAGGCCAUGACUCAGUAAAAAAAGUAGUUAUAUGGAAUAAUACGAAAAUUGGUUUAAUGGGAUUAGUAGAAGAAGACUGGCUGGAUACUUCGCCUACAAUUAACAAAUCAAACCUAAACUACAUAGAUUAUGUCAAAGCAGGUAAUAAAAUAUCUGCAGAACUUAAAGUAGAAGGAGCAGGACUUAUAAUUGCUAUGACAUACAUGAAAUGGAUUAAUGACAUCAGACUUGCCCAGAACACCCAAGGAAUAGAUCUGGUUCCGGGGGGCUAUGACCAUGAUUAUGAAAUCAAAAAGGGGAAUGGAACUUGGAAUGCCAAAAGUGGGUCUGAUUUCAGGAAUUUCUCAGAAAUAAAUAUAAGAAAGUUUGGUGCAUCAUUUCAGUAUACAUUUCAGAGGACUGACAUUUUGAGGAACCUAGAGGAAGAUUCUUUUAUAAAAUCAGUGGUGGAUGUUUAUACACAAAACCUGCAGCCUCUUUUAGAGGAAGUUCUUUGUCCCAUUGACACAGAGUUAGACGGUCGUGUUUCUACUGUAAGAAGAUCAGAGAGCAACCUGGGAAACCUGAUAACUAAUGCAAUGUUAGAAGCUACUCAUGCUGAUGUAGCAUUACUCAAUUCAGGUUGUCCUUUUAAAAAACAUUUAUUGUAA